AGAAGGAAGAGGAGGUUAAAAGAAUUCGAACGGAGGGAGGAGUUUGUCUCGGUUCGAUAAAAUUCAGACAGUUCGACAAAUUUCUCCUGUCAUAUUCUGACGAAUUUAUCGUGUCACGGUUUGCUGCUGCUCCUGUGAAUGCCGUCGUUGUUGAAUAUUACGAAAUAAUAAACGUCAGUAAUUGAGAAUGAUUUCUUUAAAUAUUGAAUUACAAAAUCGCGUGUGUACUUUAAGGACCGUGAUCUUGAAGGUGUAUGGGUCUAUGAUGAUAUUCGAAUUGUGACGAGGAAGUAUCCUUUUUUUUCACGUGGAAAUUUGAUAUCCGUUGGUGCACACGUUGACAGUGACUACUAUUAUUAUAAUAGUAGUAUUAACUAGUAUUCGUAUUGCUGUUGUUGUUGUUGUUGUUGCUGUUGGUUCUUCUCAUUUUUGACAGUCACGAGUAAACAGCCUGCAGCAAGUGCAGAAAGUUGAAUAUGUCGUGGCACAAAGAUCUCAACAAGAGAUGACAUUCUUCACUCUUUUCUAACAUUUCUGGUCAGGUCGUCGACCAUCGGCAGAAUGCUGCCGCGUGGACUGCCAUUAACGUUUCUUCUUGUGCAAUUGUCUCAUCAUAUAGCUUGGGCUGCUUUGGAGGACACAAGAAUGUUCGACAAACUGGAAAAUGUCACGCAAACCAUAUCGAGAAUACUCGACGGCUAUGACAUUCGAUUGAGGCCAAAUUUUGGCGGAGAACCAUUAUUAGUUGGUAUGGAUUUAACUAUAGCAAGUUUCGAUGCUAUUUCAGAAGUCAACAUGGAUUAUACAAUAACAAUGUAUUUAAAUCAAUAUUGGAAAGACGAGAGACUAGCAUUUUCACAAGAGGAAGAAAUUUUGACCCUAAGCGGUGAUUUUGCUGAAAAAAUUUGGGUCCCGGAUACUUUUUUCGCAAACGAUAAAAACAGUUUUUUGCAUGACGUAACCGAACGCAACAAACUCGUCAGACUAUCCGGCGACGGUUCCAUCACUUACGGCAUGAGAUUCACUACGACCUUGGCCUGCAUGAUGGAUCUGCACUACUAUCCUCUCGAUUCGCAGAAUUGCACCGUAGAGAUCGAGAGCUAUGGUUACACGGUACUGGACGUAGUAAUGUAUUGGAAGGAAACUCCAGUUCGUGGAGUUGAGGAAGCAGAAUUACCACAAUUUACCAUAAUCGGUUACGAAACAAAUGACCGGAAGGAAAAAUUGGCUACCGGUAUUUAUCAAAGGUUAUCAUUAAGUUUCAAACUCCAACGGAAUAUCGGUUACUUCGUCUUCCAGACCUAUCUUCCGAGCAUACUCAUAGUAAUGCUCAGUUGGGUCAGCUUUUGGAUUAAUCACGAAGCGACCAGUGCUAGAGUGGCCUUGGGUAUUACGACCGUUUUAACGAUGACCACGAUUUCUACAGGUGUUAGAAGUUCCUUGCCACGAAUAAGUUACGUCAAAGCUAUAGAUAUAUAUCUAGUUAUGUGUUUCGUAUUCGUUUUUGCCGCUUUAUUAGAAUACGCAGCAGUUAAUUACACUUAUUGGGGUGCAAGGGCUAAAAAAAAAAGCAAGAAGAAGGAUAACGAGGAACAAAAAGUGAUUACCUCGAAAACUGGAAGCAAAGCUACCUCACCUUUUCCUGGUUCAACCGAUGCAGAUAUUAUUGAACUACAGGAUUUAAGAAUGUCACCAUUACCAAGUAUUAGAAAUAGAUCAGGUUUGAUCAAUACUUCUUCAACACCUGGACUAGGAAGAAAUCACGAUCCAGCCAAAUUUCCACCUAGUUUUCGUAUAUCAAGAACUGUUGCUUAUAAUAUGCAUGGUAGAAACAGUGGACUCAGAUAUAGAGGUCCAAAACAAAAUAAACCUAAGGUAUUACACGCAAUUCGUAGAGGUGCAUCGGUGUUGCGCGUGUCCAUGCCAAAAAUCAAAGACGUUAACGUGAUCGACAAGUACUCGAGAAUCAUAUUUCCUGUCAGUUUCAUGCUAUUCAAUGCUGUAUAUUGGAUAUUUUAUUUUGUAUGAAAAGAUAUAAAGAAAUUCAGUUAAAACGAACAAAAUAAAA